UUUAAAGUUCUCCAAGCGUUUUUAAUUGGUACUAUAUAUAAAUUAUAUUUGGCUACAUUCGUUGUGAUAAAAAGCAUUCCGGAUCCGAAUUGUUUCGAUAGUAAAAUUCAUUUAUUUAUUGAGUUAUAUGGAAAAAAUUUUAUUCCAGGAGUUUAGUUUUUGAGUUAUUUGCAUGUUUUGUUAGGUAUUCAUAAUCAGGACUACAACAGGACUAUAAACUGUUAAUUUUAAAUAAAAAUUUAAGACUGCAUUUGUGUUUCUUGACGAAUAAGAAUUUUUAACAUUUGAAAAAUUAAUCUAUUUCUCUUGGGUAAUAAAUUUAGUAACUAAACUACAUAUUUCAAUUUACAAAAACAUAUUAUAUUCAUGUUUUUAUCUGCUAGAAUCCAAGAUACCCAUAUGUCAUCUUUGAUUAGGUAAUUUUACCUAUGCCAUCCAUCUGUUCUACUCUUCUGCGAAAUAAAUUAUAUUUCUUUGUUUAAAACUAUGUUAAUAACAUUAUUUUUGUUUUAUAUUAUAUUUUAUAUUAUUAUUAAAAAAAAUUAACUGUUAAAUUAGAAAAAAUAUUUGGAAAAAUUCCCAAUAGAUGUCACCAUAUUAUUAGUUUAAAAAGCCAUAUAAUAGUCCAUAUCAAUUAUUUUGCUGCGUUCAAAAUAAAAGAAAACUCACGAUAAGCUCUAAAAAGAAAAUGGGUUUUGUAAUAUUUUACCGUUUAUUCCAAUUUUUCCCAAAAAAAUUUCCGAAAUUUUCCUUUAAUAAAUUUUCCUUUUUACAUCAAAAGCGAUUUUGAAAUACAACACAUAGGAAAGCUUUUCAAGAAAAUUUUCAAUUUAGCUUUUCUCUAUAAUUAUGAAAAUAAUGAGAAUAUUUCCCUCCAAAUUAUUAUGAAUGGGAAAUUUAUCAAAUAACAUAAUGUUUGAUUAAAUCAAAUGUCAGUUUAGUGUCGUCAUUCGAAAGGAAAGUGCAUAAUAUGUUUAAUGUGUUAUUGCUGUAGUAAGAUUUGUAGAGAGUUGAAAAAAAAAAAUACUAAACUAAAAAUUAUAAAUUAAAAAAAAAAAAGAAAAAGCGGUCGGGUGAUAAAAAAAAAAUUCUUUGUUUUUUUUUUUUAAUAUAAAAUUUGUUAGUGUAGCUUUUUAAUUCCCUUUUUUGUUUUUUUUUAUAUAUUUACGAAUUUUCCAAGAAAAAAAUAAACAAGCAACUCGUUUUUAAACAAAGUUAUAUGUAAAUUUUGAAAAAAAUUAAAAAAAAAAAUAAAAAAAGAAUAACAAUUUCAGAAAAAAAAUAAAAUUACCAUUUUUGGUUUUGUUUUUUUUUUUCUUUGUAAAAAUUUUUUUUCGCCUUUUCCUUUCUUAUUGUUUUCCCUUUUAAUGUAAAAUAUUUCUGCUAACAAGUCAAUUAAUUGUGGUUUAGGAUUAAAAAGGAAUAAAAGGAAAAUUUAAAGUUUUCACUUUUAAAAGCCGAUAAAAUUAAAGUAGUUAUCGAAAAAUCAAAAGGAAUCUUUGAACUUUAAGUGGGAUUAUGGUAUUAAUUCAUAUAAGCAAUGGAUAAUGCAGAAACAAUAACUAAUAUAAAUAAAUAAUUAUUUUAAUAAUUAUACAAAAAAAAAAUUGUGGUUUAAAAACUAUCUUAAUUAAUAUUUAAUAUAAAAUUAAUUACAUUUUAUUGAAUAUUUAAAUAAAUAAUUAAAAAGAAAAUCAAAAAAAAAAAAAACAUUUGAAAAUGUUUCAAUACUGGGAAAAUUUUAUCCGCAAAGUGAGCCUUAUAGCAGUGUUAAUCGUUUUUUCAAUACAUUACGUUUAUUCUAUAGACUGUUUUAAAUGCGUAUCAUUUAAUAGAAGUAAUAAAGCAUGUGACGAUCCAUUCCAUAAUAAUUAUUCAACAGCAAUUCUUGAAUCUCCAUGUAUGGGUGGACGUAAGGGUAGAGAUGGUCUAUUUCCAGCUACAGCUUGUAUUAAAAUUGCUGGCUAUUAUGAUGAUACUGGUGAAACAAUAACAGUACGUGGAUGUGCUCUAGAUAGCGGAACAUUAACAACCGAUACAGAAUUAAUUCGUAUGUCCCAUUGUGGUAGAUUUUUCUAUGAUAAUCGUUAUGUUCAUGGUUGUCUACAAAGUUGUAGUGAUGCUGAUGCAUGUAAUGGUGCUGAUAACAUUAAAAUUAAUAAUAUAAAUCCAUUACGAAUUUUCAUAAUUGCAUUUUUCUUAUUCGCUAUAAUAAAUUUUAAAUUAAGAUAACAAAAUUUUGUAAAAUUUUAAAAAUAAAACCAGUACAGCAUAUCAAAUUUUCAAAAUAAUAAAACAAAAAAAAAACAAACCAUAAACAUUAAAUGGUAUCAUUUUUUUAUAUUUAUAAAAAAAAAAAUAUGUAAUUAAUUUUCUUCAAAUUACUAUACAUAUGGAUGUAUGUAUGUAUAGACGCAUAAUUCUU